GUGUCACACGCGCGCGCCUCUCGACGGAACUCGGAAGUGAAAAUGGCGGCUGUGAAGAAGCCGGAAGACAACAACAAUAACCAUGUGACCGUCUUUCUGCCAAAGAAGCUGUUGGAGUGUUUGCCCAAGUGUUCGACCUUGCCCAAGGAGAGGCACCGGUGGAAUACUAACGAGGAAAUAGCGGCAUAUUUGAUUACGUUUGAAAAACAUGAGGAAUGGCUCACGACUUCCCCCAAGACCCGGCCCCAAAAUGGCUCCAUGCUUUUGUACAACAGAAAGAAGGUGAAGUAUCGGAAAGACGGCUACUGCUGGAAAAAACGGAAAGACGGCAAGACGACGCGGGAAGACCACAUGAAGCUCAAGGUGCAGGGCAUCGAGUGUCUCUACGGCUGCUACGUGCAUUCUUCAAUCAUUCCGACGUUCCACAGAAGGUGCUACUGGUUAUUACAGAAUCCAGACAUAGUGCUGGUCCACUACCUGAAUGUUCCAGCCAUCGAGGACUGUGGGAAACCAUGCGGACCUAUCCUGUGCUCCAUCAACACCGACCGGAAGGAAUGGGCGAAGUGGUCACGCGAGGAGUUGGUGGGCCAGCUCAAGCCCAUGUUCCAUGGUAUAAAAUGGACGUGUGGAAAUGGCAAUGGAGCGAGUGAGUUUUCAGUGGAGCAGCUCGUUCAGCAGAUCAUGGACAGCCACCAAGCCAAGCCGCAGCCCAGGACACACACCUGCUUGUGCAAUGGGGCUGCAGGGAGCACACCGCACAAGUGCAACAGCACGAAGCACCGCAUCAUCUCGCCCAAGGUGGAGGCAAAGGGCGGCGGCGGCGCUGCCGCACAGGCCGCCCUCACCGAGGUACAGAACAUCUCCUCCGCCUCCUCAUCCACCUCCUCGUCCACCUCCUCGUCCUGCGAGACCAAGUGCGAGACGGAGCCGAGCAGCUGCAGCCCCGGCCAGGAGAGGCCCAUGGGGAAGGGCUCCAAGGCGAGCCCGUCGCCUUCCCCACCUUCUUCGUCCACCUCGGCGCUGCAGCAGCAACAGCUGCAGCAGUUGCAGCGGCAGCAGCAGCAGCAGGGCGGCAGCAGCGAAGUGGUGUCGUCGUCCACCUCCGAGAGCCAGGUGGAGAUCCCGGACACAACGCAGAACUCCCCGCUCGGCUCCGCCAACAACUUCUUCGGCGAGGCGGAUGGCCUCGCCAUGGCGGCGGUGACGUGCAGUCUCCCGCAGAACGCCGUCAUCUUCAUGACGGGCAUCGCGGGCGGAAAGCCCGUGCCCAUAUCCACCGCGCUGUCCGGCGGGCAGCAGUUCAUGUCGCUCGCCGCGUCAGCCGGCGGCCAGGGCCUGGGCCUCACCGUCAACCAGGAGCUGUCGCUGGAGUCCGUUCGACCGAACCUGGCGCUCCCGCCGACGGCCAACCACGAGCUGUCGGGGCUGGCCGCGGGGUCGAGCUCCGAGCUGUCGGGCCUGACCCUGCUGCCGCACGGCGGCCUGGACUCCGCCCUGGCGCUGGCGGGGGCCGUGGCCGUCGACCACCACCAGAGCAUGGACACCGGAGACGGUGGCGGCGGUGGCGGGGCCUCCAUCAUCAGCGCCCCGUCCACGUUCGACCCCGACGCUUUCCUGAACAGUCCCAAGCAGGGCCAGACGUACGGAGGGGGCCUCAACAAGGACUCCAUCAACCCGGGGUACGCGUCUCCGGGCACCGCCGAGGCUGUCUUCAGCCCGGCAACGGGACUCAUUCAUUCGUUGAAGACGGAAGUCAAAGGAAUGGAUCACCAAGUGGACGAGGAGUACGGGGGGAUGAUUGUCUCGUCCGAUCCCGUUGCCUCCACGCUUAAGCCAGACAACCAGUUGCUUAUCAACUCUGAGUCGACCAACCAGAUUAUUAAGGGGACGUUGAUCUCCUCUGGGUGCCUGAGUCCCUCUACGACUCUGGAGAAUAUGGACUUCAGUAGCCUUUACACACACAAGCCUUAUUCAGCCAUCACCUACACGCACCUUCCUGCCAGCCCCCCUUCCUCCUUACAAAUACAGCACCAGCAGUCACAGCAGCAGCAGCAACAGCAGCAACAGCAGCAGCCGUCUCCUGGGUUUUUCACAUUGCAGGAGAACCCCACAAAAGAGGAGCAUCAGCCGCAGCAGCAGCAGCAGCAACAACAGCAACAACAACAACAGCAGCAGCAGCACCUUGGCUGCAGCAAGCCGGCGAGCCCGCUCGCCCAGACCCAGGUCCUGAAGACGGAAAGUCCUACGCAGUUUUCAGCAGUGUGUGCUGGAGUCAAUGGCAACGGGCCUAGUGUCAGCGGUGGAGUGAGCGUCCCUUCCCCCAGUGUGAAAUCGGACCCAAGCUCCCCGGUGCGAUUGUACCAGUACCAGCCGGAGCUGCAGGCAAUGCCCCAGCAGGACGUGGAGACGGCCAUGGACACCUCGGUGUCCGUGAGCGUCCACUCGUCGACGGGCGACAUUGCGAUGGCGCCCAAGGUCCCGUCGGACGCCGGGCGGCAGUUCUCGGAGCCCAAAGUGAGCAGCAGCAGUAACGGUGGCACGGGGCUAGCGGCGCUGCAGGCGGGCAAUGCAGGAGACCUGUAUAACAUGGUGCAGAGCGACAUGGCCAGUGCGUCAGCCAGCAGCGGGACGAGCUCUGGCGGUGGCGGCGGGGGAGGCGGUGGUGCAUCGAACAUGGAGAUCAACCUGGAGCAGUUUGACCUGACCUUCGAUAGCCAGUUCCCUGACCUCAUGGCCGACUUCAUGGCUACGGACUCUGGAGGUGGAGGCUCCCGCAGUCUUUACGGCCUACAGGAGAGGCUCAUCGAGGGCAGCAGCAACGGUGGUGGCGGAACUGUGAGCACUUUCACGUCACACGUCCCCAUGAACUGCACGCAGCCACAGCAGCAGCAGCAGCCACAACAACAGCAACAGCAGCAACAACCACAGAGUCAACAGCAAGCCCAGAAUGGGCUACCUGGCCUACAGCUGAGCACGGCUGGCAGCUCGGUUUCGUUUGUGGGGAUGGCUGGUGUGGAGUCGCCGCAGGGCAUGGUGGGAAGUGAUGGACAUGGGGCCGGCACUGGGCAGCUGGUGACUGUGACAGAUUUUUCCCCGGAAUGGUCCUACCCUGAGGGAGGAGUGAAAGUUCUUAUUACGGGUCCGUGGAAUGUGAGCAGCGACAGUUACAGCUGUCUCUUCGACCAGAUCUCCGUCCCUGCGACGUUAAUUCAGAGCGGGGUGCUUCGCUGCUACUGCCCAGCUCACGAGGCAGGGCUGGUCACGCUGCAGGUGGCGUGCGAAGGGCAGAUCAUUUCCACCGCCGUGGUGUUUGAGUACCGGGCGCGCAACUCUCUGUCGCUGCCAGCCACACAGCACGACUGGCUCUCGCUGGAUGACAAUCAGUUCAGGAUGUCCAUCCUGGAGCGACUGGAGCAAAUGGAGAGGCGGAUGGCAGAGAUGACAGCGGCCCAGCAGCAAAAGCCGAUGGCGGGCAGCGGAGAGGGCAGCAGCACGCAGGUGCAGGGCUGCGCGGCGGGAGAGGCGGGCGGUUCGUUCGAGGAGCGCAUCAUCGCCGUGUGCGAGCACAUGAUGGCUAGCGCGUGCUGGGGCAAGGCGGAGCGGCUCGUGCACGCCAAGAGCUUCCGGGGCAUGACCCUGCUGCACCUGGCUGCCGCGCAAGGUUACACGCGCCUCAUCCAGACGCUCAUCAAGUGGAGGUCCCACCACACGGAGAGCAUCGACCUGGAAUUCGAAGUGGAUCCUCUCAACGUCGACCAUUUCUCCUGCACUCCCCUGAUGUGGGCGUGCGCCUUGGGCCACGUCGACGCGGCGGUGGUGCUGUACCAAUGGAACAGCCGGGCCCUCUCCAUCCCGGACUCGCUGGGCCGCCUGCCCCUGAGCGUGGCUCACGCACGCGGACACGUCCGUCUGGCCGCGUGUCUCGACGAGCUGCAGAGGCAGCAGGGGGUGGACGCCAGGCCACCGCACAGGGUGGAGGCCCCUGGGCGUGGGGACAGUGGCUCCACGGUCUGGAGCACGGGCACCAGCACUCAGGACUCCCUUGGGGUGCCUUCUCCCUCUUUCUCUCAGCUGUCGACGAGCCCAGACACGGGCCUGAGCGUGCUCAGCAGCUCGGUGUCAUCACCGACAAUCUCGGACACGCGGAGCCCACUCUCCACACACUCGUCCCACGGUUCCCCCGAGCAGGACUCCCCGCUGCCCAGCCCCGACGUGGCCACCUCGCAGGCCUUCGUCUCCCCAAUCCCCGCCUUCCCGUCGAGCCGCAGCGACCCCCUGCCCUUCGCCGCCGACCGGAGCGGCCCUCCGACCGCGGGCGUCUUUGCGGUGAGCGGCACCCCGUUGCCCGCCAAUGGCGCCACUGCCGCCGCCGCCGCCGGCGGCUUCGCGAGUCGGCCGUCCGGCGCCCCAUCGCAGCGGGAUGAGGAGAUGGAGGUGUCGUCCGACACGAGCGCCCAGGCGCAGGCGCCCGUCUUCCUGUUCCCCAUGGCACCCGCGAGCGCCGCGCGAGAGCUGGAGCGCGGUUCGGCCCAGCGGGAAGCGGCGGAGAGGGAGAUGGCGGAGGCCGAGCUGCUGUCCUACAGCGAGAACUUGGAGAACGAAGCAUACCUCCCGGCCAUGGAGGUGCUCCAGGUGGACAUGAUAACGCUGGCCGAGCAAAUAAUACAGGCCACUCCGGAGAGGAUCAAGCAGGAGAACUUCACACCCAUGGACUCCCCCCUCCGAGAAAGGCAGGGAAACCACGCCAUCAACCAAACCAUGGCCUGGCUCGCUGGCUACCUAGGGGACGUCGACCACCUGCCCAACCUAUCCCAGCACAGAUCCCUGUACAAUGAACCGCUGACGCCCGCCUCCAACACCAGCCAGAGCCCCGUGAGCUCCCCGCUCAACGAGAUCGCCUUCGAGCGCGUGGAGACCCCCACCGCGGCCGACUGGUCGGCCUUCCUCAAUGCCUCCACCAACGGCAAGAUGGAGAACGAGUUCUCUCAGCUGACGCUCUCUGACCACGAGCAGCGGGAGCUCUACGAGGCGGCCAAGAUCAUCCAGACGGCCUUCCGCAAGUACAAGGGACGGCGUCUAAAGGAGCAACAGGACAUGGCUGCAGCUGUUAUCCAGCGAUGCUACAGGAAGUAUAAACAGCUGACAUGGAUAGCGCUGAAGUACGCACUUUACAAGAAGAUGACACAGGCGGCCAUCCUCAUCCAGAGCAAGUUCCGCUCCUACUACGAGCAGAAGCGCUUCCAGCAGAGCCGCCGGGCGGCCGUGCUCAUACAACAGUACUACCGCAGCUACAAGGAGUACGAGAAACUCAAGCAGACCCGCCGGGGCACCAUCAACCUCCAGCAGAAGAUGAGGGGAAGCUUCUUGAGCAAGAACCAGGACCAAGCUGCGCGAAAAAUCAUGAGGUUCCUUCGAAGAAGUAGACACAGAACGAUUUUGGAGAGUAGACAUUUUCGAAGGAAUGAAGGAAUUAAAGCAAGCGCGAGAAGUGGAAAGUCCUCAGAAGCACAGCCUGACAACCUAACAGCCCCGCUGGGAGGACGCCACUCAACCAUCUCGUGCUAGGCCAGGCCUGGGUUCUACUCCCCCACCCAUCCCAUCCGUGUCAGAUCCUAAAACCCUGUUGCCCCCUCGUCCAGGGUGGGCUGUUCACGCUGGAUCUUUUGACUUGCGUUUAAGUGAACGUCACGUGCCUUACGUUACGCGAAACGUGCUCACACAACCGCGUGGAACGUAACUCACCCCCCUCGUGCGUUAGGUUGCCCCCCGUGGUGUGGCACGUGGUGCGUGACGACUGCUUCAGAGCCCUUGAGCCCCACCAACCCACCCCCCCCCCCCCCUUCUUUGCUCUACCCCAUAACCUCGAUUGGCUGCCAGGCUCGUAUCCUCGGCAUUCUAAAACUUCAGCCCUAAGCGAACGGUUUUAGGGGGCACGUAAACUCUUCAUCUGAACCCCCCCUCCUCACCGUGACGUCCCUGAAGUGAGGCUUAAGUGGCCAUUACGUUACAUUGCGUGUGUUAAGCGAUCCAGCGUGAACCCACCUCAACUCUUUAUCCGCUGUCUUUUUAACUUUGUAAUCCUUUCACUGGUGCCCCCCCCCCCCCAUGCACCUAUAUCCAUGGAUGUCUGAAUUACACUCGUGCGUGUAGCCACUGGAAUGUCGCACAGAGUAAACCGAUGUCUGUUCUAAACUACUGGGUGAAAUUAUGUGUACCAUACAUAUUAAAGAGCUUGAUUACUGUGUAAAUGUUUUCAUAACACCUAAAGUCCUUCCAUUUCAGUCUCCCUGCUCUUAUUUUCUCUCUCAGUAAAUGUUCCCUCAAAUAAUGUCCGUUGUCGAUACACGAAUGCCCCUUCCAUUUUGUUAGUCUCAAACAACUGUGGCUUUUGCAUGCAGAACUUGGGCCCCCUAAAACAAAAAAAGUGCAUAUAUACACAACAAGCACACACAUACGCACACACAUACGAACACGUCAUAAUUACUCUGGUGUGACAAAAAAUGGAAACUGCACUGCAUGGCAUAGGCCAAUAAUGUGGACAUUUACCACGAAGUAUUGUAUGUGCAAUACAAACAAGCUUGAGCAAAAAGUACAUACGUGGGGUAUAAUGCAUACCAUUGAUCAGUUGCUCCCAAUCUUCGGUCCCAUAAGGUGGAUCAAAAGGUGACCCGAAGAGAAAAAAGACCGUGCUAAACGGUGGGCCCACCCUGACAAAAGAUUGGGAGCUACUGCUCCUCCAUGAAGUAACUGUGUCACCUUUCCCAUCAAGCAGCCUUGGAAUCGUGUAGCUAACGUGUGCCGUCCCUUCACUGCCGUCCCAACACUUCAAUAGCUCAAAGUAGCAUGCAGAUAGGAUUAGUAGUAGGUUACUGUCCAUAUUCUGUCCUCGGGUCACAUCUCAUGAGGUUAUAGGCUCGCUCUAUACACUUCCUGCACUUUUAUAACUGAAUAAGCUCUUUGUAGACAAACAUGCUUAACAUAAUGCACACUGGAAAUGUAACGAAGGAUGGCACAGACGUUGGAAAAGCAGGAAGACCGAGCUUUGCUCCUUUACAAGUUCUCAUAGUUGCGGGCAUUUGUCAGAUAAACAAAGAAGGUUGAAUGUAAUAUGGUUAUAUGUAUAUAUGGAGUGUAUAGAAAGCUUUAAAACAAAUUACAUGUGCUCGCAUGAUAAAUGCAUCUUAUAAUAAUGCAUUGUAUAAACUUAUAGUGCGCAUAUUUUAAAACAAAUUAAUAUAAGGAAGAGAAUUUAAGCAAUAUAAUUUAGAAAGCAUGGCUUGAUUGAGAAGUUGCCUCUAAAAUAUAGGAAUGCUUUUGGCUGGACACAAACGUAGCAUACAAUCGUCUUUAUUUAAUAUAUGAUAGUUUGCCUUCUUGUAGUCAAGCCUGAGAGACGCACAUUUAUAUAAAGUACAAAAAAAACCUGUCUAUUUCGAUGUAUUGCUUGUUCACAAAUGUAACUUAUUAAUGUCACCUUUCUUCUGCACUGAAUUGUUUUUGUUUCUACUCUGUGUCAUGGCUGCUAUUUGCUUUUAUGUACUAGACAGUGUCUUGCACGGAGCGCUUAGCUCCUGCACUGAGCUACCGCACGUGCGAAUAACUGCGCGUGUGUCCAUUACGUUGGUGUACAUUAUUAAUGUGACUAGCCUGGAUGUAAACCUUUCGUUUCAUUUUCUCGUUUUUAUUUUAUUACUGGUAUGGUUGUAUGAUUAUUUAUUAAUUUAAAAAAUAAGAUUUGUUGGUUCCAAUGCUUGCCUCUUUUUUACAUUUGCUCUCCAGUGCUUGGUCUCGUUUAUAUAUUUUGUAUUACUUACGUUAAAACAUCUGAUUAUUAAUGUAAAUAAAAUCUGCAUAAAAAACCC